AUGUCAAAAAUUAAUGGAGGGAUUCGUACAAAAAAUGCACGUGAAAUGUAUGUUGAACAAUUACCACAUGGGCAAGGUUUUACAUCAUAUAUGAAUCGAAAACGAAAACCUUUUACACAUAUAAAUUCAUUUGAUGAUAUCGAUCUUGCUUAUCGAAGUACACCAGGUUAUUUACGAGAAGUAUUUCAACAGAAUUCAUUAUCAUCAAAUGAAAUGUUUUCUGCAAGAGAUAUACCACGUACAAAAACUGCAAGUGAAUUAGCAUUAAAAUCUAAUACAAAUCGAUCAACAAGUGGAAAUCCAAAAUAUAAAGCACAAGAAGAUUAUUAUGAUGAAAUACAAUUAUUAAAAAAAGAAAUGAAAGCAGUUAAAAAUGAGAAUAGUGUUCUUCGUGCUAAAAUUCGACGUUUAGAAGAAGAUAAUACACGUAAACGAAAAGAAAUUGAUGUCUUUUAUGAUACAAGCAAGGAUGGAGAUUUACGAGGAGCAUUAUCAGGAUCAUUAACAGAUCGGACUAAUAAUAAUUCUAAUGCGAAUGCUAUUCUACGUUUAAAACAACGUAUAUUUAAAUUAGAAUUACAACUUAAACAAAAAGAAACAACAAUUGAUGAUAUGAAAAGUGAUCCAAGAUGGACAAAAGGUACAGAAUUAGAAAUACAAAAUCGUGCUUUAUUUGGUGAACUUGAAAGACAAAAAGUAGAAAGAUUAAAUAUUCAACAAAAUGAUUAUGUAGCUACGGUUGAUGAAGAAAAGAAAAAUGCUGUACGAAAAUUAAAUAAAGAAAAAGAUGAAUACAAAAAAGAAAAUGAAAUUUUAAAAAGAAAACUUGAAGAAUUCGAAAAAUUAGAACGAGGAAAACCAUCAUCAGCACGUUCAUCGGAUGAUAGCAGUAAUAAAGAAUUAUUAAGAACAAUUGAAGAUCUUAAAGAAAAACGUAAAAAUCAUGAAAAUGAACUUAAACAAAUCAAUGAUAAUUUGGAAAAAAAUCGACGUGAACGUGAUGAAUAUCGUAAAAAAUUUGAUCAAGCUAAAGAAGAACUUGAAGAUAUGAAACGUGAACGCGACAAACAAACAAAAUUGAAUCAGCCUGGUCGUUCAUCACCAGCAUUAAAACGUGAUGAAGAACAACAACAUCGAGAUUCUAUCAGUUCAUCAACACUGCGUAUUAAACGACCACAAUCUCCAAUAGUUGAAAAUCGAUCACCACGAUCAUCACCUGAUUUAAUUCGUCGAGAUUCGAAUGCAUCUGACGAACCUACAAAAUAUGAUUCAAAACCAAGUACACCAAUUCGAAAACCGAGUGAACCAAUGGGGUCACAUAGAUUAUCGACUAGUGCCUCGAAGACAUCAUUAAACGCAAAAAGACCAGUUACACCAAUAAAAUCAUCAGCUAAAAAUGUACAUGAUAAAGAUUCGACUAUUGCUAAUGAUAAUCGUGUAAAAAAUUUUCGUGAAAAACGUGCAGCUACUGUUAUUCAACGAGAAUGGCGUCGUCAUGACAAAUCACGUAAAGAUACAUUACGCGAUGCAAAUAAAGCAAAACAUGAAAAUUUAGAUAAAUGGAAUCCCAAAAUAAGCACCUCUCCGAAAUCAUCUGAAAUACAAUCACCACGUUCAAAUGUUAAAGUUGAUAAUCUUGAGAGUGAUUUUUUUAAGCGUCGACGAUCAUCAACUAGUGCUACUUCUAAUGAAACUGCUUUAAAAACUGUACAAGCAACAUUACGAGGCUAUUUAAAUCGGUCGGAAAUUGACAAAACUCGAACUAAUACAUCGUCUCCAACACCUAAAUCGCAAUCACCAGCUCCAAUAGAAAAAUCUGUACGUAGUGAAAGUGAAGAUGAUGAUAAUCUUAAUAUAAAACCAGCGCGAUCAUUAUAUGAAAGUGAAAAAAAACGAGAUACAUCUGAUGAUCAAUCAAAAUUAAGUCGAAAACAAUCAUUAUCUAAUGAUAAAAUUCAAUCUGAUAGACAAUCAUCUUUAAGUACUCGAGAUUCAGCUUCCAAAAUACAUCAAUCCCCAUCACCUCCACCUGUUAGUCGUCGACCUUCAUCACCGUUGGUUGGUGGUUCGAAACACACCGUACCUAAUGAUCAAUAUAAACUUGGUUCUAGCACCCGAUUUCCAACAAAUGAUCGAGAUUCAUCUUCAAAAUUACAACGUCCAUUUUCGCCUUCCAAUCCUCGUCGUCCUUCAUCAACAUCAAUUAAUGACCGUCGACCAUCUCAUAAUAUACCAUCAGAUAAUGAUCGUCGGCCAUCUCAUCAGAUGUCAUCAGAUAAUACUCGUCGACCAUCUCAUCAUAUGUCACCAGAUGAUACUCGUCGACCAUCAAGAACAAGUCCAGUUCCUUCUAAACAAUCUAUUAAAGAAACAACAAAUGAAAAUGAUGAUGAUGAUGAUGAUGUUGUUGGAUCUUAA